ACUACGUUCACGCGAUACGAGAACGAUGGCGGCGCAACCUGGCGUAGUCUUCGUUUUCAGCGGCAAGCGUAAGUGCGGCAAAGACUACGUUGCCGAGCGUCUGCGUGAGCGCAUCGGCGCCGACUGCAGCGCCAUCUACAGGCUGUCCGCGCCACUAAAAGAGCAGUACGCGCGCGACCACGACCUCGACUUUGCGCGCCUGCUCGACGCGAGCGCGUACAAGGAGCGUUACCGUGGCGACAUGAUCCGAUGGGGCGAGGAGCAACGCGAGCGCGACCCGGACUUCUUCUGCGAACUGACGGCGGCUGGCGCGCGCGAUGCCGGCGCCCCCGUGUGGAUUGUGAGCGACGCGCGUCGCCGCACGGACGUCGCGUUCUUCCGGCGGCGAUUCGCGCGACAGACGGUGCUUGUGCGGGUUGUCGCGUGCGAGGCGACGCGGCGUGCGCGCGGCUGGACGUUCACAGAGGGCGUCGACGAUGCCGAGUCGGAGUGCGGACUGGACGAGGGAGUCGCGUGGGACCACGUCGUCGAGAACGACGGCAACGAGACGACGUUAGAGCGCCACCUGGAUCGGUUGCACAGCGACGCACAGUCCAGUCUAGAGGGCGCUAGUUUGUGAAGCGAGGUACAGUGCAGGCUAGAUGGCGCUAGUUUGUGAAGCGAGGCACAGUCGAGGCUAGAGGGCGCUAGUUUGAGAAGCGAGGCACAGUCCAGGCUAGAUGGCGCUAGUUUGUGAAGCGAGGCACAGUCGAGGCUAGAGGGCGCUAGUUUGAGAAGUGAGGCACAGUCCAGGCUAGAUGGCGCUAGUUUGUAAAGCGAGGCGCAGUUGAGGCUAGAUGGCGCUAGUUUGUGAAGCGAGGCACAGUCCAGGCUAGAUGGCGCUAGUUUGUGAAGCAAGGCGACGGACAUUUUGUCGGCAUUGCUACAGUUUUGAUUUAGUUUGUUAGUAGCUAAUGGUAUUUGCAAUGUUACUGAGUGACCUCUAACCACUUCUAACGACCUUGAAAUCGAAAUUAAUCGUCGUUGUAGUCGUAAAGUAAUGACAAUUCUUAUAAAGAUAAAACUUGGAAAUGAUGUUUAGAUACUAGUUGUUGUUUAGGACAAAACGUAAUGAGUUGGAUUAAUUAGUAUUCUGUAAACAUUCCUUAUCAUUAACUAGGUCCUAAGCUGUCAUUAACGAAGUGUGAUCGAGGCUGUUGGAUGGUACUCAUGGAAUCACAUUGCGACCUAAGCCACUCAAGAUUUAUGUCGAGGUGAUCAUGUCCUCAGCCAAAUCUGGUCAGCUAUGCAACUAAUAGCUAAUGUGUGAAAAAAUCUUCUAAGUUUACGUUUUGGUUGGAAGUCGAAAUAUGUAGUCGGGUCAUUUGGCCCCGUGACUGUACAGACGUGUGAGCAUACAGUAAUGUCAUGAAUAAAUAAAUACAUAAAUAAAUAUGUAUAUAUAUACUCAUAGUAUGAGUAGGCAUGUAUGUGAUAAGUGUAUACAUAUAUUCAUGGUAAUAUAAUGUUGUAUGCCUAAUUGUGUGUGGAGUUAAUGGGGACUGGCUCUAGCACAGGCAUUUUUACAGCACCUGGCCACCAUACUUUAUCAGUAUACUAACAGAAAAGUGGGAAGAUUGAAAUCACCAAAACCCAGUAAUUGGUAACGUUUGCUGCUCCAGUUUACAGGGUAGGAGUGUCUGUAGAUCAUGUGAAAAUGAGAAAAAUAGCUGGAAAAACUGUUCAGCUGCUCGACUCAGAAUUUCAGUCUGCGUGUUGUAACUAUAGAAAUAAUACUAGUUAGCGACUAUCUAGUGUCUCUAUAUAUUUCUAUAGUUGUAACCUACAUACACGCUGUGUUAGGGUGAACCUAUGUAUAAUCAGGCGGUUAAUAAUGACAAAUUUGUCAUUAUUAACCGCUGGUAUAAUCAAUAAAGAUGUGCAUGGGUUCAUUGUGGUGACACAAUUAGAACGCAGCAGUUUCCGUUUACAAUUUAAUCUUCCAGUUGACACAUGUACAUGGAAAAGCUUGAAAUAAAUAAAGCCGGUGUUACUAUAAGUAA